CUGCCCAGCCACUCCCCAGUCCGGCGGGGAGUGGGUUGGAGGCGGGGGUACUCCGCCCUUUGACCGCCAGGACGCCUAGGAACGAGACGACCAAUGGGCCACUGGGAGGAGCCUCGGCCCUCCUACACCGGCGGGGUGCACGCGGUUCCAGAUUGGGCUCCCGGGCUGCCAUGGAGCGUCCCGUGAGGGUGAAGACUUGGGUGGAGGAGAACCGGGCCUCCUUUCUGCCUCCGGUCUGCAACAAGCUCAUGCACCAGAAGCAGCUCAAAGUCAUGUUCGUCGGGGGCCCCAACAUCAGGAAGGACUACCACAUCGAGGAGGGUGAGGAGGUGUUUUACCAGCUCAAGGGUGACAUGGUUCUCAAAGUCCUGGAGCGAGGGAAACACCGGGAUGUGACCAUUCGGCAGGGAGAAAUAUUCCUCCUGCCCGCUGGGGUACCCCACUCUCCUCAGAGGUUUGCUGACACUGUGGGGCUGGUCAUUGAGCGGAGACGGCUGAAAACCGAGCUAGAUGGGCUCAGGUACUAUGUGGGGAACACUUCAGACGUCCUGUUUGAGAAGUGGUUCUACUGCGAGGACCUUGGCACACAGUUGGCCCCCAUCAUCCAGGAGUUCUUCAGCUCUGAGCAGCACAAAACAGGAAAGCCCAUCCCUGACCAGCUGCUCAAGGAACCACCAUUCCCCCUGAGCACACGAUCUGUCAUGGAGCCCAUGUCCCUGGAGGCCUGGCUGGACAGCCACCACAGAGAACUGCAAGCAGGCACACCCCUCAGUCUGUUUGGGGAUACCUAUGAAACACAGGUGAUCGUCCAUGGACAAGGCAGCAGCAAAGGCCCAAGACAGGACGUGGAUGUGUGGCUGUGGCAGUUGGAGGGCUCCUCUGUGGUGACAAUGGGGGACCAGCGCCUGAGCCUGGCCCCUGAUGACAGCCUCCUGGUGCCAGCUGGGAAUGCGUAUGCCUGGGAGCUAAGGCAAGGCUCUCUGGCCCUGGCUGUGACUCAGGACCCUACCCGCAAGAAGCCCCUGGGGUGAUCCUCUUGGCGUGGCCCCAAAGCAGCUUCCUCCCCACCGUUAGUCUCCUGCCCUCUCUGCUUCUGCGCAUCCCGCUGCUGAGCCACUUGGCGUCCCGGAGCCAGAUCCUGGAUAUUGUCAUCAUAUCAGCCGGGAUGCCAGGCUCUUGGGGGGCUGGUCAUACCCCUUCUGCUCUAACAGCUCUCUGCCCUCUGCCCUGCACGGUUCUGCCAGUUGGUCUGCUCCUUAAGGAGGGCCCGCCUCUCCAUCCCUCUGUCCCCGCAUGCUCAGCACAGAACUUGUCUGCCACCAAAAAGUCCCUCAAUAAAGGCUUCCUAGUGGACAAACA